CAUUUGGUAUGGAUAGCCAGCAAAGACCUUGGUAUGAUAUUUCGACAUCCAGAUCCAGAUUCGGUAUAUUUGGACACAGAAAACAUCCAAGGAUCUCGAGAAGAAAACUUCAAGCGCUGAAAAAGAAAUUGCCUGAAACGGAAGUUGAAUAUCGUAAACAGGGUGAUCUGCGAGACAAAGAAAAAGGGGUUACCUUAGAAGAAACCUGGAAUGAAGAUCUGAAGGACAUGUUCCAUGAAUUUACAAAGAGUGAUGAAUUGAACAAGAAUCGAAUAAUAUUAGCGGAUGCAGAUAAAUGGUUAGAAAUGGUGGGAAUUUUAGAUUAUAUGAACCUCACCUUGAUUCAAACAGGGUUUUGCUUCUAUGCUGCAGGAGGAACCAGGUAUAAGGGUCUCACAUUUUCUGAAUUUAAAACCUUCCUGAUAUUCAUAUCGAAUGCCUCGAGAAUGCCCUUUACAGAUGUUGUAAUUCGACUUAAAUUUGCCCAGAUGGGAAUCGCUCUAACUAAGGAUGAUAUUCAAUUUAAAUUGGAGUGAAUCAACGGAACGAGCCGAACAAAAACAUCUGUAAGGAAAAGACAUCAAAAUUUUGUUUAUGAAUACUUACA